AUGAAGGGUAUACUGAACUGCCGCCCACCAAAGCCACGAUACUCAUAUACUUGGGAUGUCAAGAAAGUGACAGCACACCUUGCCUCCUUGGGAAGUAACAACUCCCUAUCCCUGAAGCAGUUGUCAAGGAAACUUGUUAUGCUCUUUGCCCUGGCUUGUUCAGAAAGGACUGGCUAAAUUAGAUCUUAGAUACUGUAGAGUCAUCCCAGAAGGAGUUGUUUUUUCCCUUACUUCUCCAAGAAAGCGUGGCAACCCUAAUCAGCUAGCUCAGGCCUUCCUAGCUCGUUUUCCUCACAAUCAAAAAUUAUGCCCUGUCGAGACCUUUCGUCAUUACCUUAAGAAGACGUGCUCAGUUCGCCCCACUGUACCCUGCUCCAAACCAGACCCUCUGUUCAUCUCAUAUGCAAAGCCUCACAAAGCCAUUUCCUCUGCUACUAUGGGGCGCUGGCUCCGCCUUUCCAUUCAAGAUGCUGAUAUCAAUACAAACAUCUUCAAGGCCCACUCUCUGCGGCAGCCAAUGGCAGUGUUUCUCUGGAUGAGAUUAUGA